GCAAAGGAGAAAUACUCAUUAACAGGGAUGUAAACAAAUGUGUCCACAAUUUGAGAGAAGCUUUUUGUGUGUAUGGAACAUUUCUGUUAUCUUUUUUAUUUCAGCUUAUGAAACAUGGGACCAACAUGAUUGGUGAAGGCAUUGUGUCAAGGAGCAGUGCGGCUUGGCAGGGUCGUGUUUCGGAGGACGCAUUUUUCUCCCCAAUUUCGUGAUAUCUAAUUGGUAGUUGCGGUCUUGUCUCAUCUCUGCAAUUCCCCUACAGACUCGGGAGAGGCAAAGGUCGAGAGCAAUGCGUCCUCCGAAACACAACCCUGCCAAGCCGCACUAUGCCUUCACUAAUCUGUCGGAGGAAACACCGUCCAACUGACAACCAAAGUUAGCUUGCAGGCGCCCGGCCCGCCACAAGGAGUUGCUAGAGCACGAUGAGACAGCUGUUAGAGAAUUGAAUGGUAAUUUCUCUACCAUAAGCCGCCUCCAUCGUUUUAGAGAAAUUUCAGCCUGCCAAACCCUCCCCUAACCCAGAUGAUGCAGGGGCGCGUCAGCACUGUGAUGCAGUGCCUUAAACCACUACACCACUCGGGAGGCCUUAUUUUUAACUUAUCUAAUUGUUAUCAUGCACCUGCAACAAGAUAGCUCUGAUGUGCAAGUGUAUUUUUGAAUGUUGAAAGUAAAACACAAGUCACCUCCUUCUCUCGCCCCUACAUCUGGACCCUUCUGGGAGGGAGAGGAGCCUGUCCACAGAUGCACCUUAGGAGGAUGAGGAGAGGAUGACUGGUAGGGUGAUGGAGUGGUAACCCCUGCAGCGUCUCAUCCAUCACCGCUUACCACUUCCAGACUGCGGCUAUGGUCUCCCUCUCCCUUGGUGCUGAGUCUGGUGGGGGCAGCUUUCAACUCCUUAAAAAUAUGGAAAAGGAUAGCUUUCAGCAUCAAAGUGAAGGUCCUCUCACUGGAGGCUACAUGAGCUUUGUGAAGCCAGCGGGACACAAUAUAUGGAGAGAUGACCAACCAAUCACUGUUGAUGAGGGAAGUGGAUCUUCAACCCAGCAUGUUAUUGUGAUAGAGUCUGCAGAUGCAGAGGCUUCUGGUUCUGGAGGAUCAUCUCAGGUCAAACAGGACAGGACUGAAGGAGACGACCCACGGCACAGCAGAGAUAUGAAGCUGGAGACUGGAGCAGCGGCUGGCGUGGCGCCCCUUGUAGCCACGGAGGACCUCGCCACCAUGACCCAUCCAAGGACCCGACGCAGCAUCACGGAGGUCAAUGGAACGCUGGACGCUGUCCUCAAGUCAGAGACAGACACCAAUACUUUAACUGUAACACACAGGCUAUUACACACUAGAUCUGACCACAGGUCAGACCCAGAGAGACUGGGGCUGAGGCGACUGAGCUGUCCUCUUGCUCCCGGCUCAGAGUAUUUACUUUACGGUAACCCGAGCCCGAUUCAUUCCCAUCGGGACUCAGGUUACGCGUUAGAGACGGGAAAUGAUCCGCCUUGUUCCUACACAACAGAGAUGGACCCUGACAACAUGCCCUUGGAUUUAGAAACACAGAUUGAUCAGUCUAGAGGGGACUGGAAUCGGUACAGUAGUAGUGUAUACUCUGAAGGGUGCCUAGAUAAGAAAGGGGAGGUUAUAGUGGUAGAUGAGUUGAAAGUGGAGGGCGACGCUCCUCUGACAUGGAAUGUAGACGAUACUCACUUAGGGGAAGGACACUCACAGGGCAGAGAUUUGUUAGAUUACAGGGAAAGCUUAGAGACAAAUCCAAGCAUCGAGACCCACUCCCCUUUACAUGCGCUCAGGGAUCGCGACCCAGUGUCCAAGUCGAUGGAUCAUUCCGAUUCACACAUUCUUUUUGAUCAGGUUUUGAACUCAAAUGACCAAGGGGCCAAGGUUUUGGGAGGUGAAGCAAGCAGUAGUAAAGAGAAGCGGUUCCUCUGCAUGUUCUGUAACAAAGGCUUCAGCUGCCUCCAGAAGGUGGAGAUCCACCAGAGGGUCCACACAGGGGUGAAACCCUUCAGCUGUACCCAGUGUCACAUGCGUUUCACCGAGGCUGGUAAACUGAAGAGGCACCAGAGGGUCCACACAGGGGAGAAACCCUUCAGCUGUGCCCAGUGUCAGAUGCGCUUCGCCCAGGCUGGGCACCUGAAGAGGCACCAGAGGGUCCACACAGGGGAGAAACCCUACAGCUGCCCCCAGUGUCACAUGCGCUUCGCCCAGGCUAGCAACCUGAAGAUGCACCUGAAGGUCCACACGGGAGAACGGCCGUUUGCCUGUACACACUGCGGGAAGAAGUUCUCAGAGAGGAGCUACCUCAGGAUACACCAGCAGAAAAACCAUUCCACUCUAUAACAUAGAAAGUAACCAUUCCACUUGAUCACUUCUGACAUGUAGAUCAAAUGCUGCAUUAAAGUCAAGGAUUCAUUUUCA